AGUCUGAGGAAUAGAAUAUUAUUAUUAUUAUACACACAUAUAAAGCAGAUUCUACUAGAAACACACAAUUUCCCUGCCCCUAUAUAUCUCUCUCACCCAACACACACCUCUCUUACCCUUCACCAACCAACCAAAAACAAAAACCGCCAAAGCCUUCUCUCUCUUUCUCUCUAGAAAAAAAAAAAAACAUGGAGAUCACUUCUCUUGUCACAAAAGACACAAGCUGGUGGGUGUUUACCUUACCAGCUUUUCUCGGCUCCAAGACCCUUCUGGACGGCUGCGUUUUGCUCUCUCUUGCCCUGGCUUUCGUGUCGUUUGGGCUUCUCACGUGGGCCUUUGCGACCGGCGGCGUUGCAUGGAAGGACGGGAGGAACCGGAGAGGCCCAACCGCCAUCCGUGGGCCCCGUGGGCUUCCCAUCUUCGGGAGCCUCUUCACUCUGAGCCGCGGCUUGGCUCACCGAGCCCUGGCUUCCAUGGCCUGGAGCCGAGACGAGACACAACUCAUGGCUCUCAGCCUCGGCUCGACACCCCUCGUCGUGGCCUCCGAUCCCCACACCGCCAGAGAAAUACUGACCUCCCCGCACUUCGCGGACCGGCCGUUGAAGCAGUCGGCUAAGAGCCUGAUGUUUGGCCGUGCCAUCGGCUUCGCGCCGAACGGCACAUACUGGCGGCUCCUCAGGAGAAUAGCUUCUACUCACCUUUUCUCUCCCCGGCGCAUUUUAGCCCAUGAAAGCUUCCGCCAGCUAGAAUGCGCCGACAUGCUGCGCAACGUAGAAACCGAGCAGAAACUCCACGGCUUCGUCUCACUCAGAAAGCACCUCCAAGCGGCGUCGCUUAACAACAUCAUGGUAAGCGUGUUUGGAAAAAGAUAUGACCCGGCGCACGAUAGCGAAGAGCUUGAGGAGCUUAAGGACAUGGUCAGAGAAGGGUUCGAGCUCUUGGGCGCUUUCAACUGGUCUGAUUAUCUUCCAUGGCUGAGUUACUUCUACGACCCGUUUCGCAUAAACGAGCGAUGCGCAAAACUCGUUCCCCGAGUCAGGAAACUUGUUCUGGGCAUCAUUCAAGAGCACCGACUCGGUAAUAAGAAUAUGAACAAUAUUUCUGAUCAUGGAGAUUUCGUUGAUGUUUUGCUCUCUUUGGACGGCGACGAGAAGCUUCGAGACGAUGACAUGAUCGCUGUUUUAUGGGAGAUGAUUUUCCGAGGCACUGAUACGACAGCUCUGCUGACGGAGUGGGUGAUGGCCGAGUUGAUCCUCCACCCGGAGAAGCAAGAGAAGCUCCGUGUAGAGAUAGCAUCCGCCGCGGGUGAAGGAAGAGGGGUGACGGACGCUGAGCUCGCGAGCCUGCCGUACCUGCAGGCGGUGGUGAAGGAGACCCUGAGAGUGCACCCGCCUGGCCCGCUCCUCUCGUGGGCCCGCCUGUCCACGUCGGACGUCCAGCUCAGCAACGGGAUGGUCGUCCCGGCGCGCACCACCGCCAUGGUCAACAUGUGGGCCAUAACCCACGACCCGCUCGUGUGGGAGGACCCGCUCGCCUUCCAACCCGAGAGGUUCCUCGCUGCUGACGUGGACGUCCGGGGCUCCGACCUCAGGCUGGCUCCUUUCGGCGCGGGCCGGCGCGUUUGUCCCGGUAAGAACCUCGGGAUCGUGACGGUCACGCGCUGGGUGGCGGAGCUGGUGAGGAAUUUCGAAUGGGCCGAAGACCCGAUCCGGCCGGUUGAUCUAAGCGAGGUCCUGAAGCUGUCUUGUGAAAUGAAGCAUUCUCUCUGUGCCGCGGCUGCGCAAGUUAGGGAAUUCUAGUUUGGUUUUAAAUAUAAAUAAUUAGGGUUAAUUAUUAUUACUAUUAUUAUAAUUAUGUGGCUACUACUUAAUUAUUGUUGUGGGAUAUGUUUAAUUAGGGGAUUGAUAUGGAAGCUGUAUAUUUUAUUAGUAUACUGUAUUCCUUGCUUUUUUUUUUUUUUUGUUAAUUUUUAUUUGUUUCAAGCUAAGUAGAGCAUGGAUAGCGUGGUUUUUAGUUGUAGAGGUCUCCAGUUUUGGAAACGGUUUUUUGGUUGGAGAAACUCUCUGGAUUUUGUGAAAUCGCGUGGUGAUAGUAA